AUGCGCUAUUCCCAAGGACAAGGAUACAAGGACUCCACACAGCGUGAUCGGCCUUUGCCGGAAUAUGUGGAUGUGGAUAAUCUUGAGACUGGAUAUACGUAUCCGGUAAUCCAGCCGAACAAUAAAGAACAACCUACAAGCUUGAGUUUUUUCCGAAACUUACGCAAAUUUCUAUUAUGGAACACGAUAUUUCUAUCUGUUCUCAUAAUUGGCGCAGCUAUAGCAGUGAUACUGACCAUCGUUCUUACAGCUCGGAGGUCGCCGAGAGAAGGAAGCAAAGAUGAAGAACAAACAUCAAUAGCGCCGUCUACUUCUAGCCUGACAUCAACUAUCACAGUUUACAUACCACAUCUCCAACAUCCGGUAUGACCUCCACCACUUCAAUUCCAACAUCAGCGUCACCAGAAACAAUCGUUACAACGUCUUUAACAUCAACUACGACGAUACCAACCUCUACUAUUCCGACAGCGACCUCAACAGCACUAGAAUCGACUUCUUUGGCUUAACAUCAACUGCAGUAGAAUCAGCAACCUCCUCUUCUGUUCCGACCUCAACUACUUUUACCACUUCUGCUGAAACUUCAACUUCAACAGAAUCAGGGUCCACCUCUUCUGUUCCGACAACAACUUUAACGGAAUCAACAUCCACCUUGACUACGACAGUAUCUUUUACCACUUCUACUGAAACGUCAACUUCAACAGAAUCAGGAUCCACCGCUUUUGCACAUCAACUCCAACAGAAUCAGCAUUCACCUCUUCUUUUCCGAUAUCAACUUCAACAGAAUCAGCAUUCACCUCUUCUGUUCCGACAUACAGUUCAACAAAAUCAGCAUCCACCUCUUCUGUUCCUAUAUCAACUUCAACAGAAUCAGCAUUCACCUCUUCGGUUCCGACAUACAGUUCAACAGAAUCAGCAUCCACCUCUUCUGUCCCGACAUACAGUUCAACAAAAUCAGCAUCCACCUCUUCCGUUUCGACAUCCAGUACAACACAAUCAGCAUCCAACUCUUUUGCUCCAACCUCAACUGCGACAGAAGUAACUUCUACCACUUCUGCUCGAACUUCUAUUUGAGGCCCCUUGUGUUUUUUUUUUUACGUUUUUGCACAUCUUUCGCGUAU